GAGAGGCAGAGCGCAGCUGUGGAGGCGGCAGAGAGCAGCAGACAGACAGAGGAGCUGCUGAGAUCAGGCCGCUCCGCUUUUCCAGCCUACAAUCAUUAUCUCACACCUUCCUGAGAUGGAGGACAAGGAGGCAGGAGGAGGCCAGGGAGGAGAUGGAGGACUCUACCGCUCAGCUAAACGGCCCCGGACCGAGCAGGUGGAGCAGGAGGCCGGGGAAAGGGACCUGGAGGAAGGGGAAGAGAAGGAGGAAGAACCGGGCUCUGCCGACGAGGAUGCAGCGGGGAGCGGAUGGAGCGACAGCAGGAGCCGGAGGAGCGCGAGGAAGGACUCUGUAAGGGACAGUCACCUCAUCCCCCCAUCGUGCGUUGUCCAUGUCCGAGGACUGUGUGAUGCUGUGGUGGAGGCUGACCUGGUGGAAGUACUGGAAAAGUUUGGCAACAUCUGCUAUGUGAUGAUGAUGCCCUUCAAGAGGCAGGCUCUGGUGGAGUUUGACAGCUUGGAGAGUGCAGAACGCUGCGUGAGGCAUGGAGGGAGCGAGCCCAUCUUCAUCGCCAACCAGCAGGCCUUCUUUAACUUCUCCACCAGCCAGAGAAUCACCCGACCCACCAACGCAGACGACCCGUCCAGCAGAAACAAGGUCCUUCUGCUGUCCAUCCAGAACCCGCUGUACCCCAUCAGCACUGAUGUGUUGUACACUGUGUGUAAUCCUGUGGGAAACGUCCAGCGCAUCGUCAUCUUCAAACGUAAUGGCAUCCAGGCCAUGGUGGAAUUUCAGUCGGUGGAAGAUGCUCAGAAAGCCAAAAUGGCGCUAAACGGAGCAGACAUCUACUCUGGCUGCUGCACACUGAAGAUCGAGUAUGCUCGGCCAAACAGACUGAACGUCGUCCGCAAUGACACCUCCAGCUGGGAUUACACCAAACCCUUCCUCCUGCAUCGAGAUCCAGGAAAAGGACGGCACCGCCAGGCCAUUCUGGGAGAGCAUCCAUCUAACGGCUAUGGCCCACACUGCCCCCUGCUGCCUCUGCCCCCUAACAGCAGGUACAGAGGUAGCCAUGAGGUGCAGGAACUGGUCUCCUACAAACACCUCCUCCCAAAGACCUUCUCCUCUUCCUCAUCGCUUCGUUCCACCCACCUGGGCACUAGUGCUGUCGCCAUGGUCAGCGGCCUCCAUCCCAACAAGAUGAACUGCAGCCGCAUCUUCAACCUCUUCUGUCUGUACGGCAACGUUGAAAAGGUAAAGUUUAUGAAGAGCGUUCCUGGAACAGCCCUGGUGGAGAUGGCUGAUGAGUACGCGGUGGACCGCGCUGUGACCCACCUCAACAGCACCAAGGUGUUUGGCAAGAAGCUGAAUGUCUGUGUGUCCAGGCAGCAGGCGGUGAUUCCCAGCCAGGUGUUUGAGCUGGCUGACGGCAGCAGCAGCUACCAGGACUUCAGCCUGACCAGAAACAACCGCUUCAGCAGCGCUCAUGGCCACAGAAACAUCAUCCAGCCGCCGACCGCCGUCCUGCACUUCUACAACGCCCCGCCGACCCUCACCCAGCAGCAGCUGCUCAACUUCUGCUCGGAGAACGACGCUCCGGCCUUCACCAAGUAUAAGGUCUUUGAUGCCAAACCCAGCUCUAAGACUCUCUCUGGUUUGUUGGAGUUUGACUGUAAGGCUGCAGCUGUUGAAGCUCUGACUGUGCUAAACCACCAUCAGUUCAGGAUAACCGGAAGCUCCAACCCCUUCACCAUAAAACUCUGCUUCUCUACUUCCACCCACCUGUGACCCAGAAUAGAGGCGCUCGCCACAAACACACCUGCAGGACAGAAAUGUAGCUUCUCACCCUGAGGAGGAGGAGCUGGUUUUAUGUUUUCUAUGAUGUUUGCAUGCUUCUUCAUAGGAGGGGAUGAGGAUCUGACUGGACUGUUAACAGAUCCAUUUCUAUCACAUCACUGCACAUGUUUGACAUAGAUUACUGAGCUAAUCUCAGUGAAAGCGUUCCUACAAUGCAAAAAAUGGAAAUCUAAAUAAGUCAUUUUUUCCUAAAAUCAGUGCAUUUUUUCUCAAAUUGAGGAGGUUAGUGAGACUUUUUGCCAAUGGAACAAGACGAUAUACAUUUAAAAUAAGAAAAA